CAAAUUUCCCCAAAAACCUUUAAAAAAUCGACUCGUUAUCAUCGCACUAAACGCACUCGUUUCUUUUCCCUUUUCUCUAAGCAAUACCUCAUGUUCUUAGAACAAAUCUGUCCUGGGCAAGUUAACUCUCAACCACAAGCUAUACACUCUUUUGUCUUUGAUAGUGAGAGAUUUAUUGUUUAUGCUACUGGUUCGAAAAUAGUCAUAUAUGCAGAUCCAGACAAUCUUGUUCAGAUCUUUGUAGCUAGCACCAUAUUCAGUCAACAAGAAAAGCUUGAACCUGUUACUUCUGUAGCGGGAAAUAGUGCUACUGGACAAAUUGCUCUAUCUUAUCAUAACCAAAUAGCCAUUCUUAAGCCUGACACAGGCCAGCAAGAACGCAAAUGGGAGCUUGAAACAACUCUAGAUACCACACAUAUGGUUUCAUGUCUUGACUGGAGCAUCCAUAACAUUUUACUUAGUGCAGGAGAAGAUAUUGCUUUAUGGAAAUUAGAUAAUGAACAACAGACGUGGAAAAUGCUAUACCAGACAAAACCAGCAACGCAAGUUAUGCUUGCUAAAUUUGAGCCCAAAUCUGAUAUGUUCGCUACUGUUGGAAAGUUUGAUAGGUUGGUUACCAUUUGGUAUCCGAUAGCUAAGAAUACGAAAGAGUAUAACUGUACCUUUAUUUCUCAUCCAAGAUACGUCACUCAUUUCGCAUGGCGAAGAUUGCCCAACACAAGGGAAAACGACUGCACAUUGUUUACCAUGGCACGUGAUGGUAUUGGCCGAUUCUGGAGUCCUACAGACUUGAGUCAACCUCAUAUUUUGUAUAUGUGUGCUGUGGUUGACUCAAAUCAGUCACUGGUGACAAGUGAACAAGAUCAAAUGAACGAUCCUGCUUGCAGUAAUGAUGAGGAUUUCUCGCCUAUACACUAUAUUGGGUGUGAUGAAUUAGCCAAUGCUGUGAAUGCUCAAUUUCGAUCUCAUUCAAAGCAUGAGCGAUUUGAUCAGCGUGUAGAGCGUAUGCGUGAUCGUAUUCGUGAUACUCCUGAUUUGCUACUUAGGAUACAGACAGACGGCUCAUUGACAUUUUGGGGUGUUCAACAUUUGAAUUCGAUUCCUCGCCGUAUCCCAAGAGUCUAUGUCGUUUUGCGUGUAGAUAAGGCCAUUGAUCCUUUAGAUGCCAUUUAUUUCUUAAAUCCAACCCAUAUUUUGCAUGACUAUUCUCAUAUCCAGUCUUCAUCCACAGUCAAACCUAUAGAAUUGUCUCUAUUAGCCCGUAAUCUUCAUGGACAGAUUAGAUGUUACAGCUUGAAUUUAGUUGAUUUCUUGGACUCCACUUCAUUUUCACCAAGAUUGCAUUUAAAAUAUACAUGAUUCUCUACGAUUGGCACAGAUGGGCAGAUCAAUGUUUGGAAAUAUGAAUUGAGAGAGUCUUAUGGUAAAAUGACAACGCAACUUCAAUUAGAUUGCUCUUUAUCUAUUG